AUGUACAUUUAUAUUGGAAUAGGUGUUUCACUAAUUUUAUUAUACACUUUGGUGAUUAAACCAUUAAUCUCGCUUUUAUUGAUCAAAAUCAAAUUUGGAAAAUAGGCUAAAAUAAUUUUUUACCCAAUUGUUGGAGACAUUAUGGAAAUCGAAGGCUCUUUUAAAAAAUACAACGAUCAUUAUGAAUCCUUAAGAAGAUACUUUACAGAGAACAAAGACUUAAAAUUUAUUUUGUUAAAUGUCUUCAAAACUCCUCUCAUCCUAAUUGGAGACCCUGAAAUCAAUAAGAUGAUCCACCAAGAUCAUGAAAACUAUAAAAAAAUUGAUUUUUUAAACAAUAAUUCUCGUCUUAUGGGACAGGGUCUACUGUAUUAGUCUGGUUAGAAAUGGAAGAGCCAAAGAAAAUUAUUGGGAAAGCCUUUUGAUUAUGACAAAUUAAAAGCAAGAAUUCCAAUGAUGAAUUAAGUCGUCAAAUAAAAAUUGAAAAAUACUUAUAACAAUCCUUUAGAUUUAACCAGAUCUAUUGCAGGGGAAGUUGUAAUAUAGACAUUCUUUGGAUAAGAGGCCUAAAAUGCAUAACUUAAUAAUAGAGAGGCUCAAGCUGAAAUUGUCGAACUGUUUAAUGAUGUAGCAGAAGCAAUAUAUGGUUCAGUGUAUGGUUUUCUGAAAUGGAUGAUUUUGGGAGAAAAGCAAUGGAAGUUAUUUCCUAAUAAACUAGAAAGGGACAUCAAUAGAAGAAUAGAUGAACUUACUCAAUUUGCUAGAAAGGUUAUAGAUAAUAGGAUUACAAGCAUAAAGCAGGAAGGAUUUAAGAAAAAUUAAGAUGAUUUUGAUUUCUUGGAUAUUCAUUUAUAAGAAUUUUUAGGAUCUAAGAAUGAGAGUGGAAUCACCAAAGAUGAAAUAAUAUCUUAGUUUAUCACUUUAUUUUUUGCUGGAACUGAUACCACAUCGAGCGUUGCCGCUAUGUGUUUAUUUUAUUUAGCUUAAAAUCCAGAUGUUUAUGAUGCAUUGAUUAAGGAACUAGAGAAUGUAGUUGGUGAUGGUGAUGGUGAUGUUCUUGAUUAGCAUCUUCCAAAAUUAUAAGAAUUGAAUUCAUUCAUUUGGGAAGUAUUGAGAGUGAGAAAUCCAGCCAGUGGACCUUUAGUGAGAGUGGCUAAAUAAGACUUGGUGCUAAAAGAUUUGCAUAUCAAAAAAGGAUGGAUUUUAAUGCCAGCUAAUUUUGUGUAAUAAUAAACAGAUAAGUACUUUGAGAAUUUUAAAGAAUUUGAUCAUAAAAGAUUUUUGAAGGCAUAAGCGAUAAAAGAAGAUAAUGGUUAUGUUAAUAUUCCAUUUUCUGCAGGCCCUAGAAAUUGUAUUGGACAACAUAUGGCACUCAUGGAAAUUAAGAUUAUCUUAUGCCACAUUUUGAGAACUUUCAAAGUUAUCACAGUGCCAGAUAAGAUAAAGGAUUUAAAAUGGAGAGCCAAGUUUUUGUAUUUCUACGAACCUUUAGAUUGCAUAUAAUUAGUCAAAAAAUGA